AUGCCACUGCACACGCUCCAAGACCUCACCAAUACCCAGCUCAAGAAGAAGUGGAAAGCCAUCGGAAUCAAGGGGGAUCCACCCCACCUCAAGCAAGCGUUGGUGCGCGGGAUCGCUUGGCAUCUUCAGUCCAAGGAACAUGGCAAGCUGGAUGCGGAGACCCGAAGGUUGCUCAAGAACGCGAUCCGUGAUGCGCCUGAUCCUUUAUCCACCCUGCAUGGAUCAAAGACCACCAAGAACCGAGCCCCGCUGCAUCUUGCGGAAGGGACCUCGCUAGUGCGCACUUGGCACGGGCAUCGGCAUGAGGUGCGUGUGAUCGAUGGCGGCAAGCGGUUCCGGUACAGAGACACCGAGUACGCGAGCUUGUCGGAGAUCGCUCGUGAGAUCACCGGAGUACGAAUGAAGACUAUCUGCUGCGCCGUCUACACCCGCAAGUCCAACGAGGAUGGACUCGAUCUCGCAUUCAACUCCCUUGACGCUCAGCUCGAAGCCGGGCUCGACUACAUCAAGAGCCAGAAGCACGAGGGCUGGGAGGCUGUGAAGACCAUCUACAGCGAUGGUGGAUUCUCAGGCGGGACGAUGAAACGACCGGGAUUGAAGCGGCUGCUUGAUGAUAUCGACAAGGGACGAAUCAAUGUCGUGGUGGUCUACAAGGUCGAUCGGCUGAGUCGAUCACUGAGUGACUUUGCGAAGAUGAUGGAGCUCUUCGAUGAGAAGCAGGUGUCGUUUGUUUCUGUGACGCAGCAGUUCAACACAAGCACAUCCAUGGGUCGACUCACCAUGAACAUGCUCCUCAGCUUUGCCCAGUUCGAGCGAGAGGUUUCGGGCGAGCGCAUCCGAGACAAGAUCGCGGCGACCAAGAAGAAGGGGUACUGGGUCGGGGGGACUCCACCGCUCGGCUAUCGUUUGCAGCGAGAGAAUGAGCCUAAGGGGAUCUACACAAUUCCUGAGGAAGCCGAGCUUGUCCGAGCAAUCUUUAUUGGAUACACCGAGCACCAGUCACUCGUUGAGAUCGCUAAUCACUUCAAUGAUCUCGGUCACACCACGAAGCACUGGACAAGCAAGGGCGGUCGGAUGCACGGAGGCAAACCGCUCACCGCAAAGUACAUCCACACGAUCCUCUCCAACCGUAUCUACAUCGGUAAGAUCACGCACACCCGCAACGGCAAAACUGAUGUGUAUGAGGGACUCCACCAGCCCAUCAUUGAUCAGAAAUCCUGGGACAAAGUGCAGCGCAUUAUGAAGAGGCAGGAGAAGUCCAAGCUGCACCGCUGGACGCACCCGCACCUGCUCAAGGGGCUGCUCCGCACCCAUGAAGGAUUCGCGAUGAGCCCCACCUCGACACAUCGACCGCUCAGUAAACAUCGCGGCAUCAAGCAGAAAAGACUGGUUCACUACUACAUCAGCCAGAAGGCGGUCAAACAUGGAUUCAAGUCAUGCCAGAUUAAGACCAUCAACGCCGAGCAUCUUGACGAACUCAUUCGAGGCGUUGUACUCACAUUUGUCAAACACGACGGCCUACUCCAGCAAUCGAUUAGCAUCCGUGAUCGGUGGAUCCGUCGCGUGAUUGAUGAGGUGAUGCUUGCUCCAGAUUCGGUUGCUGUCUCGCUCAGUCAGAUAGAGCUUGAGCAACUCAGAAAGUAUGAGUUCAAGACGCACGCUGGUGAUGCGCCGCCAUAUCCCACUUGUCUGUAUACUCCGGAAACUGAAGAGACUGGAAAGGUAAUCAGGCUGAAGUUGAGCAUCCAGAUCAAGAAGCUCGAUGGUCGCCGAUUACUGCUGAGCCCGGAUGGGCAUGAUCUCAUCAUCCCUUCCACCCCUGAACCCCGUCAGCACAUCGUUGAUGCGAUCGGUCUUGCCUAUCGCUGGCAUGAUGACUUGCUCCAGAGUGGGAUGCAGAUCCGAGCAUUCGCCAAGGAGAGAGGCAUCGCACGAUCUCGGAUCAUGCAGCUGCUCCCGCUCAUUCACCUCGGCCCCAAAGUGCUCCAUCAUGCGCUCUCCGGAACACUCCCGAGCACGAUCACACUCGACGAUCUCCUCAUUGCCGCAAAGCAACUCGAUUGGGCGAAGCAGACCGAUGAACUCGGGCUCAGCUCUUUACCCAACGCUGCUGGCUGA